AUGGCUCUCGCGGGGGAGUUGGGGAGCAGAAGUGUGCAUGCCAUCUUCUUCAUCUCCAUGGUAAAAGAAUUGAUUACUCCUGGGAGGUUAAUAUUGCCGAACUCACUAAGCGCUCUGGAAAACAGAUAUGCAGGCCUAGGGACUCUUCCGGAGGAGGUUGCAUCAUGUAUAACAGAGACUUUACGUACACCGGGGGGGGGAUCGACCUCUGGUUUUUGGGGCAGUUUUGGCCCGAAUGAAACGAAGAAAGGGAGCUCCCGCGCGGGGAAUGAAAAUGGGUGGAAUGAGUGGGGAGUGGGAGCGGAGUCCUUCGAGGCCCAUCCGCGUCAUUUGCCUCUGAAUUAUGUGAAGCCAACCGAGCAGGAGCAGCAGGCCUCCGUCAGAGUCAAUAAUUAUAAUAAUGAUGUUAUUGUUGUCCCCUCUUCUUCUACUCCUACCCCCACUCCCUCUCCCACUUCUCCUCCUCCACCCUCCCUCUCCUCAAGCUCUCCCUCUCCCGCUCCCUCCUCCUCUCCUUCCCUCUCUCCUCCCGCCUCCUUCUCCACCGCCACCCCCACCCCCGCCCUCCCCUCCUCCUCUCCUCCUCCCCCGCCGUCUCCCUCACCGUCGCUACCUGCACCGCCGCCGACGACGACGACGACGACGACGUGUUUCGCCGUCUCUCCACCCACCGCCCCAGAGACGCCGCCCUUUUCCACCCUCUCGUCCCUUCCUGCCCCCAUCUCCGACUCCUCCUCCGACGCCCCCGUCCCUGUGUUCGCCGCCCAAGUCACGGUCUUUCCCAACUCCGGCCUCUGCCUCGGGCUCGCCUGUCACCAUGUCGUCGCCGACGCCCGGACCUUCAACCUCUUCCUCAAGGCCUGGGCCUCCCUCUCCCUCCAGCUUUCCUCGCCCCCUCCUCACCCACCGCUCCGCGGGUUCUUCGGCACCCCUCCCUACUACGACCGGACGGUCCUCAGGGAUCCCCGCGGCCUCCUCCACAGAUUCCUCUUCGAGUGGUGGAACUGCAGACGGCAGGCCCCUCCUUCGCCAGUUCUUGGUGGCGUCGGUUUCCCCGACAUGGUCCGGUCCACUUUUGCUGUGGGCGCCACUGACAUGGCGUGCAUCCGAAGGUGGAUACUCUCUCAAUGCAACGCCGGGAAUCUCCCCCACCCGCCCCAUCUGUCUCCUUACGUUCUCACCUGCGCGUUCCUUUGGGUCGUUUGGGUGAAAGCCCAUUUAUCCCUUCGGGCCCACGACAACGAUCCAAGACCCACCCAUCGCGGCCCGGUUUACUUCGGAUUCAUCGCCGGCGGCCUCACCCGCUUGGGCUAUCCCGUGCCCGCUUCUUACUUCGGCAACUGCGUCGGGUUUGGUCGGGCCGAGGCUGUGGCCCACGAGCUGGUGGGAGAGACCGGCAUCGUCGUUGCUGCGAAUGCGCUAGGGAGCACGGUCAAGAGGUUGGACAAGGACCUUUUCGCAGAGGCGGAGCGGUGGAUCUCGGAUUGGAGGGCCUUCUCCGAGUCGGAGCUCCAUGUGACCGUCGCCGGGUCCCAAAGUGGACCUUACGACACGGAUUUCGGGUGGGGAAGGCCCAGGAAGAUAGAGGAUAUAUCGAUCGAUAAGAGCAGGGCCAUCUCGUUGCACGAGAGCAGAGAUGUCAAAGGCGGGAUAGAAGUGGGGAUAUCUCUACCCAAGCCCAAAAUGGAUGCCUUCACCUCCCUCUUCACAGCGGGUCUGAAGGUCAUGAAGCAAAUCACUCUCCCAAAUCCCAAUUCAUAGCUCCUGGAAUGCCUCCCUAUCUCUCUAUCAUUUUUGGGCUCAAUAAUGGGCCGGGCUAAUUUUGGCAUGGCCAGGUGAACCAACCUUCGUCGAAUCUCACAAGUUUGUGUUGGCAUUCCAUCGUUUCUUUUUGCGUGCUCAUGGCAUGCGAUUCUACGAAUGAGGUGAACCACGAUCGUUUGGCAAACCACAUUUCAAUUCGUUCGCAGUCA